CGACCGCUUCCGCCCGGAGGAGAGAUGGUGGCCCUGGCGUACCCUCAGUGAGGUCGCGGCAGUUCGCCUGCCCCCGCCCGCAAAAAAGAUGGCAGUGGCCUGAUCCGGGCCCGUUGGCGGCGUCGCGGGCGCUUUGCUCCAGUCCUCGGAUCCCGGGCGCGGGGAGGCAGGCCGACCGUGAGCUGCUUGUCCCCAGCCUGCGGCCGUCCUGGGGACACAGAGCCCUCCGUGGCGCCUGGGGCUUGGAUUGGAGCCAGGACCUCACUUCCUCCUCUGCCCCUGCCCCUCCCAGCACCUGGCCCACACCCUGCAGCCCGCCCCAUGGUCUGGCCCUGGGUGGCAAUGGCGUCCAGGUGGGGUCCCCUCGUUGGCCUGGCUCCGUGCUGCCUCUGGCUCCUGGGGGCGGUCCUUCUGAUGGACGCAUCUGCACGGCCUGCCAACCACUCGUCCACCCGAGAGAGAGCAGCCAACAGGGAGGAGAAUGAGAUCCUGCCCCCAGACCACCUGAACGGGGUGAAGCUGGAGAUGGAUGGGCACCUCAAUCGGGGCUUCCACCAGGAGGUUUUCCUAGGCAAGGACCUGGGUGGCUUUGAUGAGGAUGCGGAGCCGCGGCGGAGCCGGAGGAAGCUGAUGGUUAUCUUUUCCAAGGUGGAUGUGAACACUGACCGGAAGAUCAGUGCCAAGGAGAUGCAGCGCUGGAUCAUGGAGAAGACAGCCGAGCACUUCCAGGAGGCCAUGGAGGAGAGCAAGACACACUUCCGCGCCGUGGACCCUGACGGGGACGGCCACGUGUCAUGGGACGAGUAUAAGGUGAAGUUUUUGACGAGUAAAGGCCAUAGCGAGAAGGAGGUUGCCGACGCCAUCAGGCUCAACGAGGAACUCAAAGUGGACGAGGAAACACAGGAAGUCCUGGAGAACCUGAAGGACCGCUGGUACCAGGCGGACAGCCCCCCGGCGGACCUGCUGCUGACGGAGGAGGAGUUCCUGUCGUUCCUCCACCCUGAGCACAGCCGGGGAAUGCUCAGGUUCAUGGUGAAGGAGAUCGUCCGGGACCUGGACCAGGACGGUGACAAGCAGCUCUCUCUGCCCGAGUUCAUCUCCCUGCCCGUGGGCACCGUGGAGAACCAGCAGGGCCAGGACGUUGACGAUAACUGGGUGAAAGACAGAAAAAAGGAGUUUGAAGAGCUCAUUGACUCCAACCACGACGGCAUCGUGACCGCAGAGGAGCUGGAGGUGAGCCCUGGCGCAGCCGUGUCCCGGAGCCGGCUCUGUGAGGCGCUGUGCGGGGAGGGGCUGGUGGAUCUGGGCCUGAGACUCCGCCUGGGCUGGUCUCUGGGGCGUUUGCUCAGCGGCGUCCACCAGGCUGCAUGGCCAUUGUUGGCAUUUAGGUUCAAACGGAUCAGAGGCAGGCGAGCCGGGCCAGGCUCCAUCCUCAGCCCCUUGCGGGAGGCGUCAGGGUUCUCACAGCCCCUUUUCAACGGGACCACGAGGGGAAGCUCAUGCUGGGCCCAGCUUGGAGGCAGGUCCAAGGCCCAGCAGGUACAGGUGGGCGGGACGGCCUGUGCCACAUGUCUGGAAUUUACCACCUUUCUCUGAAGCGUUUCCACUGGUAUCAUGUGUAGGCUUGUUUUUCUCCCACUGCUGAGUGAGUCAUCUUGUUUUUAUGUAGAAUCCUCUGAUUCCUGGCGACAGCCAGUGGGCCCGGCCCAGGUUAGGGAUCCUUCAGAACUGGGGCCCAGGCCUGUGUAGCCCCUGUGCCCCGUUACCCCUGCCGGCCAGGGCAGGCCUUCCAGGGCCCCCGGCUUCUCCUUGCCCUGUGCUCUUUUCAUUUGCGCCGCCUCCCUUCGGGAACCUUCCAGAACGUGCCUACACUCCCGCUGCAGCCAACAGGCACCUUAAAUAAAGAGCCACUUCGUGUGGAUGGCCACCGAGCUCGGGCCCAGCUGCUCCUCCCCUGAGCGGAGCCUGGAUGGCCUCCCGGGCGGGCCGGCACUGAGAGGGGGAAAGGCGGACACUGACCUGUGCCCCGCUCGCCUGCAGAGCUACAUGGACCCCAUGAACGAGUACAACGCCCUGAACGAGGCCAAGCAGAUGAUCGCUGUCGCCGACGAGAACCAGAACCACCACCUGGAGCCCGAGGAGGUGCUAAAGUACAGCGAGUUCUUCACGGGCAGCAAGCUGGUGGACUACGCACGCAGCGUGCACGAGGAGUUUUGAGCGCCCGGCAGCGCCCCGAGCCGCCCCCCACGCACCACCAGGGCGGCCCCGCGGGUGACUCCGGGCUCCAUGGCUGUCCCGGACCCCACCUUCUCCCUGCCGCCCGCCACCAUUCGGCCAACCUACCGCGGCUGCCCCAGUUGAUGAGCGGCGCGUCCCCUCUGCAGCGCGCACCCCGGCGAGGCUUCGGCUGUGAUGCGGCCGGGGCGCGGUGCUGGGCUGUGGCUCCGCGGCGCCGCCUCCUCCCUGGUCCCUCGAAAUCGCUGCAUCUCACUUCUGAGAACGAAAUCUCGUUUCAGUCGCUCUGCUGAAGGCGCUGACAGCAUCGCAGCUGGAACCUCUGGGCCUGGCCCCUCCCAGGGCCGCCGCUCCGUGGGAAAUAACAGCUCCUCCAUUUCCUUGAAAACUGAACGAUUAUUAAAAAUAGAUUAAACUUCGCUGGAAAUGAGUAGCCAGGAAGUUCAGGGGAGGGUGUCGGGUCCUUCCCGGGCCUGGCAUGUCGGAGCCACCCAGGUCCCGCAGCUGCCGCCGAGAAAAUGCAAAUAUUUGUUGUGACAAGAAUCACAUUAAUUUACUUUAAAUAUAGUUGCCUUUUUUGGUCAGCUUCA